CCUGAAGAUUUUGCUGUGACAGCCCGAAAUACCGUUUUCGUCUGCUGAGCUCGCUAAUUAGCUGUGCAAAAAUUGAGCCACCCUUGUCAGAUCCUAAUGGAGUCACUUGGCUGCCUUACAGGCCAUGAGGGUUUUUGGUUGACCUACUUUCAGGGCUUCUAUGCAUCUUCCCUUUAAGGGAGACAUGGAGGAAUUAAAGCAUGGUGUACAGGCCCUGGCAUCUCUGGACUACUGAUGCGGACUCUGAUUAUCCCUUGUCUUUGAGGCCAGGCAGGAAGGAGGAAGGCUGGUGUGCUAUUAAAGCAGGACUCAGUUUCUCUUCAACCGUGGCAAGCCCUGUCCUGUGGCAGAAGGAGUGUGUGAAGGGGCCGGAGGUGUGGUGUCAGAGCAUUCGCACGGCGUCGCAGUGCGGGGCAGUGAAACACUGCCAGCAGAACGUCUGGAACAAGCCUGCCGUGAGCAGUAUUCCCUGUGACUUGUGUAAGGAGCUUGUGACGGUUGCGGGCAAAGUUCUAAAGGAUAAUGGCACUGAGGAUGAGAUCCGCUCUUACUUGGAAAAGACAUGCGAGUUUCUUCCUGAUCCAGGCCUUGUCUCUGAGUGCAAAGAAAUUGUGGAUUCCUACCUACCAGUUAUCAUGGAUAUGAUCAAGGAAGAGCUCGAUAAACCUGAGGUUGUGUGCAGUGCCCUGGCUCUGUGCCAGUCCCUUCAGAAGCACCUUGCAGCAAUGAAGCUCCAGAAACAGCUCCAGACCAACAAGAUCCCAGAGCUGGAUUUCUCUGAACUGGCAUCCCCGUUCAUGGCUAACGUGCCUCUUCUUCUUUACCCUCAGGACAAACCCAAGCAGAAGCCUAAGGCAAGUGGGGAUGUGUGCCAGGAUUGCAUUCAGCUGGUCACUGAUGUUCAGGAAGCUGUGAAGACAAACUCCUCUUUUGUGAAGUCUUUGGUUGCUCAUGCCAAGGAGGAGUGUGACCGUUUGGGGCCUGGGAUGUCAGAUAUGUGCAAGACCUACAUCUCUGAGUAUUCUGACCUGGCCAUCCAGAUGAUGAUGCACAUGCAACCAAAGGACAUUUGUGCCAUGGUUGGGUUCUGUUCUUCUGUGAAGUCUGUUCCUCUUCAGCCUCUGGUGCCAGCUCAGGUGGUUCACGAGGUGAAAAUGGAAAUUGUGGAGAAAGCCUCAGUUCAAGAGAAGACUUUUUCCUUGUGUGAAAUCUGUGAGACCAUGGUGAAAGAAGUGACCGGCCUCUUGGAGAGCAACAAGACAGAGGAGGAGAUUGUGCAUGAGAUGGAGGUGGUCUGCCGCCUGUUCCCGGGAAGUGUCAAGGACCAGUGCAAGGACUUCAUCGAGGUCUAUGGGCAGGCUGUGAUCGACAUGCUCUUGGAGGCAACAAAUCCUGAAGCUGUGUGUGCCAUGCUGAAAUGCUGUGCAGUCAGCAAGCUUCCCCAGCAGCCAGUUGUAGUGAAACCUGCAGGCGGCUUCUGUGAUAUCUGCAAGAUGGUAGUGGCUUAUGCAGACAAAGAGCUGGAGAAGAAUGCCACGACAGCUGAAAUUGAAGCUUUACUGGAAAAAGUCUGUCACUUCCUGCCGGAGUCUGUCAGUGAACAGUGUGUGCAGUUUGUGGAACAGUAUGAACCCGUGGUUGUGCAACUCUUGGCAGAGGUGAUGGAUCCCACUUUUGUUUGCACUAAACUCGGAGUCUGUGAGUCAGCUAAGGAGCCUCUCCUGGGGAACGAUGCCUGUGUCUGGGGUCCGGGCUACUGGUGUAAGAACAUGGACACUGCUGCCCAGUGCAAUGCUGUUGAUCACUGCAAACGUCAUGUGUGGAACUAGAAGAAGAAUUUCCAGUUCUGAAAGUUUGCCAUGGCUCUUAGGAAAUGUGGGCCGAGGUUGGCGGAGAGCUGUAUCUCACCUGUCCCUCCUCUCCGCCUCAUUAACAAUUUGACCUUCAAGUUCCUUUGUUGUAACUCUUCUGUAGCAGUGCUGCUGUUGAAGGAUCAGAUUUUCGUUGUCGACUUAACAGACUUAACAAAGAUACUUCUGAUUGUACAGUUUAACCCAUUAUGCUCCUAAAAAUAGUCAGGUGUGUUGUAGAUUUUUUUUUUUUUUUUUAAUUGGCAGGCUGAAGUGUUUUUUUUGUGUGCUGGGAAGAAUGACAGAGAUGGUGAAAUGAGAUGAGGCUCUUAUCUUUUAAUUAAAAAAAAAAAGCAAGAUAGCGACUAAACUUUCCAAUGUCUUUCUGUAGGCAGCAUUGGGAAGAUUUUACAUGCUUUGCAUUUUUAACAUCGGGCUGGAAUGUUUAUUUUCUGUGUAUGGGAACUCUAAGGGAUAAUGUUGAAUCCGGGAACCCUUUCGGCUGGAAUUUUCAAAGCUGUACAGAUGCAGAGGAGGGGGCUUUGUGUGCCCAGCUAGCUUUCAAAAAUCACUGGAACUUAAAAAGAUGCAUUUGAGUGAUCAGCCUUUUUGCAUUUGAGUGACCACGCUUGUGGCUCAUGGUGUUGUUUUUGCUAAGGAAAGCUUUCCCUCAGCCUUGGAUCACAUCCUUCUGAUUUCCUUGGACUGCUCGGUCUCAGCGUGCGUGUUCUGCUGCCGAGCCCAGUCCAGUGGGAUGUCAGUGUCCUGAAGCAUGCUGGCCUGCCUGAGGAGUGACUCCCUUUUUUCUUAUCCUAGUUGCUCAAUUCUGCUUGGUCUUGCAGCUUCCCACAAGCAGCCAGCUGGGUACUGAGGAGGUAGCGUGAGCUGUCACUGGAAGAUGGAGGAGGAUCAAGUCAGCAGGAGCUGGGAAUAUGUCAGAGGGAGCUCAGCACUGAGGGUGGAAUUUGUGUAAAAAUGGGUUUUAUUGUAACCUGUUUGCUCCUUCAUCUGUUUUUCCUCUCAGUGUAUUUCAGUCAUUUAAAACUUAAAACUUGAGAGGUGCUGUGAGGCCUGGGGGUACCUCCCACUGACGCCCUUCUGAGUAACUGGAGGUAUGAAUUGUUAUCCAGGGUUCCCAUUUCUCUUGGGAAAUGCAGCAAACAGAGGUGGCAGGUGGUAGGAGCACUAAAAUAGGUAUUUGAAGCUCUGCUGGCACACUUGACAACCUGCCUUUCACUCCUCUCUGAAAUUCCACUUAAAUGGCCUGAAAUCUCAAAAAAAAAAAAAAAAAAAGCCUUCAAGGCAGGCUGCUACCCUGGAAACAUGGCAGGCCUUUGAUGUGAAGGGUCCUUGGGAGUGAGAAUCCUGCUUGUAUUGCUUGGGACAGACCUUGCAUUGGGUGUUAAUCCCCAAAGCAGAGGCACUGAAGUAGCUCUGAGGAGACCUCUGGAAAGGAGCAGCUGGGCAGAUGUGGAGCUUUGGAAAUUCCAUUCCGGUUCAGAAAGAUGCUGGUAACUCCUGCUGUUCCUGUGGGGCAGCUGUAGCAGCAAACUAGAGUAUUUUUCAUUGGAAAACCACUGGACUGCAGGUUUCUGGUUCAUCUGUGUACAUACUAAAAGCCUGGGCAGUGCUGACAGAUGGCAAUAGAGAUUGUUCUCUCCCAAUUCCUGAGUGCUGAAGCACUCAUGGCUUUAAACAAGAGGGGAAAAAAAAGGAAAAUUUCCCUUAAAGACAUAAAAUACCUGCAGCUUUCUGUCCUGGCAGGCUUGUGCAGUGGUUCUGGUGGUGUGUAUGGGGUAGAUAGAGCAGAUAGGAGAUGGGCUCCGUCCCUUGGGCAUGGCUGCCCUGGAGGGACGGGUUGUGUUACACCACGGCACGGAGGGUGGCAUUUGGUGUUCUGAACUGGAUGGUGUGAUCCUCCUUGGGGGGAGGCGGGGCUGCACUGACCACUUGGCACGUUGGGAAGGUUUUAUUUUCCUGGGGUUUUUAGUAGGAUUCAUGCUGGCAAGGUGAACCAGGGGAAGUCCUGUGCUGAUGCUGGGAGUCCCUUUAGUUUUCUCCCUUCCUGUGGACUGUGGCACCUGACCUGCUUGAGUCAUGCUGGGGGGAUGCUGUGCAGUUGCUUUCUAAAGAACAUUGUCUUGAUUUUUCCUUUUUUUUUUUUUUUUUUGCACAAAAGCUUCCUUAAUGAACAAUAAAAAGUCUGUAAACCGGUCA